AUGAAAGUGUUAUAUGGCUCUCAAGAAUUGUGGGAUAUUGUUGAAAGAGGAUACACUGAAGUUGAGAAUCAAAGUGAGCUCACAAAUCAACAACUUGUUGAGUUAAGAGAAAAUCGUAAGAAAGACAAAAAGGCUUUAUUCUUCAUUUAUCAAGUUGUGAUGAAUUUAUUUUCGAGAGAAUUUCAACAGCUACUUCUGCAAAGGCGGCUUGGGAUAUUCUACGAUCUACCUAUCAAGGAGAAGAUAAGUUUAAGAUCAAAUGGUGAAAAAGUAGGCGAUCAAAGAGUUGUUGAAAAGAUUCUUAGAAGUAUGCCAAGAAAAUUUGAGCAUAUCGUCGUUACAAUUGAAGAAUCGAAAUACUUAUCUACGUUGUCUAUAAAUAGCUUGAUGGGUUCUCUUCAAUCCCGUAGGCGAAGAUUAAAACAAUUUGAUGUUAACCCCGAGGAAGCUUUUCAAAUGCAAACUUCAUUUAGAGGUGGUUCACGUGGAAGACGUGGUGGUCAUGGAAGACGAGGAGGUGGAAGAAACUAUGAUAAUAAAAAUGGUGCAAAUUCUGAAAAAUUCACAAGAAAGCUCUUCUUUAUCUCGAGGAAGAAGAAGCGGAAGAGGAAGAGGCUUUGGCAGAAACCAAGGAGAAAGUAUGGUCAUUUCCAAGCAGAUUGUUGGGCACUAAAAAAUGGAGUUGGAAAUACCACCAUGAAUAUGCAUAAAGAACAAAAGAAAAAUGAUGAAGGCAUUCUAUUCCUUGCAUGUAGUGUUCAAGACAAUGUUGCAGAGCCUACAUGGUAUCUUGAUAGUGGUUGUAGUAACCACAUGACAGGAAAUAGAAGUAUAUUUGUUACUUUGGAUGAAUCUUUCCAAAGUGAAGUGAAGACUGGUGAUAAUACCAGACUACAAGUCAAAGGCCAAGGUUUAAAAGUUUCAUUUGAAGGUGACAUAUGUGCAAUCAAAGAUCAGGCCGAUGUUCUUAUUGCCAAGGUAAAAAUGACUGCUAAUAAGAUGUUUCCUCUUAACUUUACAUAUGGUCAAAUAUCUUGCUUCAGCAGCAUAUUGAAGGAUCAUCCUGGCUUUGACAUUUUCGAUAUGGUCACUUAA